GGAGUUGUUACCGAGUCUGUCAAGGUGAACUAAGUGGUGAAUGUAAGAAGGAAACUAGGAGAGGUUCUUAGUUGCUAAAGAAGGCAGCAAUGAGUUCUGGGAUUCCUUAUAUCGGCAGUAAAAUCAGUCUAAUAUCCAAAGCUCAGAUUCGUUAUGAAGGCAUCUUAUACACCAUCGAUACGGACAACUCAACAGUUGCUUUAGCUAAAGUUAGAUCUUUUGGGACCGAAGGACGUCCCACAGAAAGACCGGUACCUCCAAGAGAUGAGAUAUUUGAAUAUAUAAUAUUUCGUGGAAGUGACAUCAAAGACAUUACUGUCUGUGAGCCUCCUAAACCUCUUCAUGGCUUGGCUCAUGAUCCUGCAAUUGUUCAGUCUUCUUUAGGCAGUUCUUUGUCUCAUCAGCCCUCUGUUUCCUAUAGCCCCUACCGGGGAAUGCCUUCUUAUAGUCACUUGGCUGCCAGUUCCCUGUUGAAUCAACAGUAUGCUGCUGCACUAGGGCUAGGACUUCACAACCUUCCUGUGAGGAGGGAGCCUAUGGUAGAACAGGCUGUUCAGACUGCUCCAGUAGAGAACACCUCUAUUAAAAAAUCGCUCCCCCAGCAAAGCAGAGACCUUGGUGGAGCCUCUCUGCAACCUGGUCAGGAAGAUCGGCUUCAGGGUAGAAGCACAGUUACUCCAGAUUCAGCUGAAAAAGAUCAGACUUCAAAUAAUGAGAACCGAAGACCACAGAGGCGAAGGCCAGCAAACCGAAGAUUCCGCAAUAGAUGGAAAGGUCAAAUCCUGGUGUCAAAUGUGAAGACUGCUUCCAUUCAAUUUGAGGAUGAUUUUGAUUUUGAAAGUGCAAAUGCCCAGUUUAAUAAGGAAGAUGUAGACAAGGAGCUACAGAGCAAAGUUGAUGUAAAAGGUAACCAGGCUGAAAAGGGUGAUGCAGAUGAAAUGAAAGACCUUGGAUUAGAGACCCAGAACAGUGUACGGACAGUUGAUGAAGAUCCUCUUGGACCAAAAUGCUACUAUGAUAAAACCAAAUGUUUUUUUGACAACAUUUCAUCUGAGCUUUCAAGGAGAAUAACUUGGGCAGAGGAGAAAAAACUAAAUGUGGAAACCUUUGGGGUUCCUGGAAAGCUUUUUCGUGGUAGAGGAUUUCGUGGCAGCCUUCAGGGUGGAAGAGGAAGAGGAAUAGGACAAAGACCUUCAGUUUCCAAAGUGGGAAGUGGAAGAAUUAUAGAUUAAACUAGUAUGCAUAUAGUACAAGGUAUGAUGCCACUCUAAGGAUGGGUACAAGAAAAUGCAGAAUUGUGAAUUUACUUUGCAGAUGGAUCAUGUUAACACAUUGUAUAUAGUACUGAGACGAUGGUAUGAAUUGUUUGUACAAACCAUGUGAAGGGGAUUUUUUUUGUUUUAAUGACUUGAAUUUUUUGCAAGGUGAUCUUUGUUUGCAUUUUUUUUUUGUCAACUGCAUUUGUUUCCAAAAUAUUUUGAUAUAAUCAAAUUUAAACUGUUCCAACUGCUGUACAACCUCAAGCAAGUCCCUUAAUAAAAUGUGAAAUGUGUUUAAUUGGCUACUGUGACAUAAUUGACUAGUACAGUCGAGCUUCCAACAUCCCAAAGCACAGCUGAUAAAAUCGGAAGUCGGAAAUAUAGGUUUCUUCAAAUAUUGGAUAUGGACAAUAGGUAUUUUUUAUAAUAUUUUUAAUCUUUAUAGUAACCUGUACCCCUCUGAAUCUUAAUGAUUAAACUGCAAAAUGCAAUGGCAAGUGUUUGUACAUAAAAUUGUAUAUUACCGAUUCUGCAUUUCAUAGUGGCAGGAAACCCUCCUCCCCAUGCUGUGGAUUUUUGCUUUUUUGUGUAUUGUUUUGUAUUAAGUGCUUUGCUGAUUACACAGAACAAAACCAGUGUAUCAAGCUGAAAUAAAGAUUUAAUUUUUUUUUUUCUCUAAUGGGGUAAACAAAGGUGCAUGUACGAGGAAAUAAUUUAAAACUUGCUCCUGCCAAUAAAACUCUUCUGUUCUCCAGCUUGACUG